UUAUUUUGUAAUACAUAAUAAUAUGGUUUUAUUAUGUACACUCCCGCCAUUCCGCUUUUAUUUUGUGUUUUGUUAAAGUCCAUGUGAAUUUGCUAUUUCAUCGUAGUCUGUAUGUUUAAGGUUAUUUAGUCAUCUGUAUUUUAUUAAUUUAAAUUUAAAAUGUUGCGUAUUAAUAAUUUUUCUUGUUUCAUUUAAUUUAAAGAUCAAAAGAUAUUUUAUAUUUUCAAGUAGGUAAUCAUAAACCUACAGUAAUACCCCUCGUAAAAUAUAUAUAUUUUCUAAGUCAUUUUUUUCUGUAGUUCUGUACCUGAUAAUUAAUUAUGCCUAAUAAGAACCCGUUUUUGAAAACCGGAAAACGGAAGCGUAGGAAUAGGAAGAAAACGGAAAAUACAACGAAACCGGAUGAUAAACCUUUUUGUCCACGAUUGAUGGUCAGAUACGACCAAUCUGAAAAUUCAACGAUUGGCUAUAAAGUAAUAUGGGUAUGUAAAAUGUGUAUGAAAUGCAUACUGCACGAGGACGCAGUUUUAACUCAUUUACAACGGUGCAAGAUACAAUUCAAAAACAGAACUACUUUUUAUGAACCCAUUAAAUCGUAAGUUAUAGUAUUUUUCUGUUAGGUAAUUUAUUGAAAUGAUACCUACUUAUUUUAUUUUGUAUGUUUUCAGUGCUGAAGUUAAAAAUACUCGUUACGUUUGUCGGCUUUGUGAUGGUGUUUUUUCUCGUAAAGUGACAUUAUUAAAGCACAUAGAGAAACAUGAAAAUAACAGUGAUUCAGAAUUGUACGAGUCUGAAAGUGAAUUUGUGGCUCCUACGAAGCGCCAUAAACCAAAUGCCUCUUUACCAAUUUCAUUGGGAGGUCAUGAUCAAAAAGCAUCGGCAUCAUCAGUAGAUCAUAAUCAGAUUGCAGAAACACCAGUACCCAAACGCAAAGCUAAAGCAAAGACAUCUCAAUCAGUAUCAACCGAAGGUCAUAAUAUCAAAUCUACAUCAGCAUCAUCGUUGGAUGUAAAUACUCUGGAAGUCAGUGAAUUUAAUGAUGAAACUACUGUUGAAAAUUAAUUACAAUAAUUAUAUUUAUCACUUUUAUUAUUCAUUAUUAUUAUGAUUAUGAUUAUUAUUAUUUAGUAAGUCUAUAAAUUUAAAUUUGACACACUUUUGACUAGGGUUUUAUUGCGUCUGAUGCAGGGGUGGUGGUUUUUUUCAAUAGCUGUCCGUGAUUGGAAAUAUAAGUAAUUCUAAUAUUCUUUUUUGUGUUAUUUCUUAAUUUCAUUAGUAUGAGUAAUGCAUUUAGAUAUUUUAGAGUUUAUUUUUGUGUUAGUUAAGUAGUAACUUAGUAAGUUAACUUAACACUUAAUUUAUUAAAUUAAAAUAAAUUAUAUAGAUUUUUUUUUUUUUAUGAUACAGUAGGCAGCGAUUAUCUGCAACGAUUUUUACUAGUAAUUAUUAAAAAUUUCUAAAAUUUAAUGUGCAUAAUUUUAUUGUCACUUAUACCAUUUUUGGAUUAUAACAAUUUAAUAUUUAAACCGGAGGCACAGAAAAAAGUUAUUAUCUACAGGUGUCCCAUGGAGAUAGGAAAAAUAAAUUGUAAGUUUUAUUCAAUAUUUUUAAGUUUAAUUUUUUGAGAAGUUGCAAAAUCAUUGCACUAUGAUUAUUAAAUUUUAUAUAUUUUUUUAAAUCUAAAUAAAAAAUAUAUUUAAAAAAAAUAAUCCAAGAUCCGUUUAUAUAUAUUUAUUUUGAAAUACAAUUUUCAGAUGUUCUAUGUGACGAGAACAUUUCUGAGACUUAGUUAUAUGUUGUACAAAAGUAACGAGACUGAUUUUGUUGUAUGGUUUAGAGCAGUGUGUGUGCAAUCCAGGGUUCGUGACCCCUAAGUUGAUCUCGAAAUUUUAACAGGCGGUCACCAAUAUUAAAUAUAUUUGUACACCAAAUGGAAGUUAUAAAUACAUACUAUUUUAUAUAAUAUAAUAUUUCUUGUACUGUCGGUGACCGUAUCAAUCGUAAUAUGUCUUAUUAUUAUCUUAAUAUUGCAUAAUAACUUCUAUUGAACCACGUAGUAUAUGGGUUAUCUUUUAAAUUUAAUUCAAAAUUAUUAUUUUCUUUCGCUUCAACUUCUUUAUGUGAAAUAGCAUUUUUAACACUAGCAAUAAUAAAAAACAAACAUUGCUCCAGAUUAAAUUUAAAAAUAGAUUUAAGAGUGGCAGUCUCAAAUAUCAAACCCAAUUUAAAUUCAAUCAUGUUUACAAUUUAUGUACAAGAGUCAAUAAAUCAUGUAAUUUUAUAAUUUUAAAUUAUUAAAAUUUUGAUUAAGUAUAAUAAUAACAAUUUUAGUAAUUAUUUUUGUUUUGUAUACAAAAACUUUAAAAAAUUAAAUUAAACAAAUAUUAAAAUAGCCUAAAGUUUUAAAUUUAAUUUAUACUACUACAAUUAAUGUAUACAUUAAGUAAAUAUAUGUAUUAUACAUUUAAUGUGUAAUGUUAGGUCAAAGAAGAUUGCGCACCACUGGUUAAGAGUGUUGGGCAGUAGACAGAAAAGUAGAACAGUGAUGAGAAUACUUGGGUGGGAGAGUAGAUUGACGAGAGAAGAUGACCAAAAAAGUGGUUGGAUGAGAUUGAUUAUGAUAUGAGGGAAGCCCGUGUAUGCAAGUUGAAAGAUCGGAUUAAAUAGGAGUUUAAGACAGGGGGAAGGAUGGCCAACCCUAAAUAGUUGAAAUGAAGGUAAGAAGAAGAUUUUUAUAAACAAUUUUGUUUUAAAUUUAUUUGGUACUGGUCUAGUUGACCUCUGUCCAGAAAGUAUUUCCCUGCCAUUCAGAAUAAGUUGACACCCGUCAUUUACAUCACCCAUGUUUUCGAUGUUCUAAUCAUUUUGUUAUAAAAUGUAUUUAUUUCAUUAAAAAAGGGUAUGAGAAUUAUACAUUAUUAGAUAUUUUAAGAAUAAUGUUUAGUAAAAUCCGUGUAGUAAAAUUAAAGAUAUAAGAUAGGUAUAACAGCGGGUACCGUAUAUAAUACUAUAGAGUAUCAGUUAUUUAGUCGCUGUUGUCGAAAAUAUUACAGUAGAAAAAUUAAUUCCUAACAAAUGUUUAGUGAUGUGACCGAUGAUUCAUUGACAAUAAUUUUUCUGCAAAACGCAAGAAUUAUUCAUAAGACAAGGUCUUGUGAUAGUGAAUACAGAAUGGUUUUAGAUAUGCAAAGGAGUCGGUGACAAUGUCAUUUAAGAUCAUGUCAGUCAAAAAAAGGUGUUAAGACCAAUAAGGUAAGGUAAAGUUACCAACCAGUACCAUUUAUUCUACAAUUAUUAAAGUUUUGAAAAAUGUAAAUUUCUCUCAUUGCCACUUCUUAAUAAUAAUUUUUUGUAUUAAGAAUUUUAUUAUUUUGGAAAAAAUGGUGAAUCAUUUGAUAUUACUUAGUAGUGGUAAUGAAAAAAAUUUAAAUUAUCAUAAACUUUGAAGAAUUUUUAGAAAAUUAUGACACAAUAUUGGUUAACAUUUUUUUUCAACACUAACAUUUCUAUUCAAAAUAAUUGUAUAGAACGGUUCUUGAAUUUUUUUUUUAUUAGAAAAAUAAAAUUAAGAAUAAAAGAGCAAUAGUAAUCAGGUCUCUUUCAAAAUUUGAACUUUUGAUAAUGCCAGUUGUUAGUGUAGAAAUGUGCACUCAGUAUUGUCGUUUGUGCACAAAACCUUAUUGAAUUAUUCUAAAAAACAAAUUAGGAGAGGCACUAUUAAUAUCACACGUAUAUUUAAUGUUGUGUUGUACUCAAAUGACAACUGAUUUUACUACUACUACUACUACUACAACUUUAUAAAUUAAGGUGGGCCACUUAAUCGGGGGUGUUCUUAUCUUUUACUUAAAUAAAAAUAUUGUGAUAAAUGUGAAGUAUAACAAGAUAUGACGUGAAACCACUACAACAUAAUUAAUAAAUUAAAUAGAUGUUAACAUAACCUAUAUAAUAAUAAAUAAGUGGUGUUUUGUUCUUUUUCUACAAAUUUGUUUAUUUAUAUUAAGUUCCAAAAUUAUCCGUUUAUAUAGCACUAAGUACAAUACAACAUGUAUAUUUAUUUAUUCAUCUUUUCAAAAUGAUAAUAAUGAGUGCCAUAAUUUUUUAUGUGCAUUUAGACUGGUGAACUGGACUGGAUACACAUUUCUAUACUGUCCAACUGGCAUUAUUAAAGAUUCAAAUUUUGAAAGUGGGGGGACAUUGAAAUGAAUCUGUAGUAAUCAUUUAAAAAGGAAAAAUGAAGACAUAUUGAAAAGAACUAAAGGUAUUUGUUAGAUAUCCGUGUGACACCCUUUAUAUUGCAUAUAGUUUAAAUGUUAAACUAUUUUAACUCAUAAACGGUAUCUCCUAUAUUAGAUCUAUAAGUAUCAAAAUGUUAAGGAAAUAUUAUUUUUUUUCAAUCUGAGUUGAGAAAUGAGGUUGCUUUUGAAAAAUCAAAAGUUAUUGCUCAUAUAAGGUAAAUAUAAGAAGUAGAUAUGAAAAUUUAAAAUAGUUUUAGAAUAAAGCUUAUACAAUCUCAAAAUUAUUAAACCAAAUUAAUUUAAAAUCCCUUGAUCAUGAAAAAUUAACAUGUAUAGUAUAUAGCAUAUAGCAUAUUGCAGUUUUUUUUAUUUAAAGUUAUUUAUCUUAUUAUUGUCACAAACUUAAGAUAAUUCUUAUUCAAGUAAAACAAAAAAACUGAUAAUUUCCAGUCAAUCUGCAAAAGAAAGGGGAAUGCUCUCUUUUUUUUCUUCUUUAUUUGCAUAUAGUUUUUAGAAGAGAAUGUUUGGCAUAUUUAGUUAAUUUUGAUAAUGUCCAAUCCAGUAAAUAUCGUAACAUAUUCCUUAAUAUUAUAUUAUAUUUGUUAAUAUUCAACUUUUAAAAUAGAAUAUUUCUGUUUUUUAGACCAUAAUGGCGAAAACAGAUUAUAAGAAUAUAAUAUAUAUUUAUAUAUAUUACAUUUUAUUAUGUUUACAGUGAAUUAAAAUUUUUAAAUUGACUUAGAAAUAAUUAUACUCUUGUUAUUUAUUUAUCAAACAAUAUUACUAAUAUACAUUGGUGAGCAAUAAUUAAUGACAUUUCUAUUGAUUGUCAAUAUAUCGUUAUAUAAUUUAUACUAACUAAUAAGAUGUGAAUGAAAACUCUUUUUGGAAAAGAAAAUUAUUCUUUGGUGGGUCUGGUUUUAUUAUUAAAACGAAGUUUUAUACCUUGGGAAAAAGGAAUUUUAAUUCAUUAUCAUGAUCCUUGAUCAAUCGAAUCCACAACACGUGGCCAUUUUGUGAUGCAGAAAUCAAUAUAAAAAUAGAUAAAUGAUGAGUAUAAUAAUUGGUUGUAAUUUUUAAUAUAUAUACAGUGAAACCUCCCUUAAUGGACACCUUCAAAUAGCGGACGUUUUUUUAAGAAACGGGAACAUAUUCACUAUUUAUGUAUAGGAAAACCUCUAAAUAACAAACACUUUUAGAUUCCGAGUGUAUCGAGGAGAGUUAUUGGUUUUAUUUAAAUGUUUAUUUUUUUUUUCUAGUCUGGACACGUUCUUUCCUAGUAAACUUGAUCCGGUUCUUACGUGUAGCAACUUUUCUGAAAGCUCAAGUUUUCUAAAUUGUCCUCCGUAAUUUUUUAAUCUUCAACGUUUUUUUUUAAAUAAAAGCACUUAAGUGGGAAAAAAACGUGAGAAAAUGUACAAUUCCACGAUUCCAUUAUUUUGUAAAAACACAGACGACGUUUUCUACCAAAAAAAAUGAUUUAAUCGAAAAAUUACAAGACACCUUUUUUGUUGCCUUUUUGAUUUAAUUUCUUAUGGUAUCAUCGCCAAAACUUUUGAGCUUUUGAGAAAUUUAAAUUUUUGAUAGUUUUUUUGCUGCAAUUCAAUAAUAAAUACACAUAGACAUGAAACUUGAUAAUAAUACUUAUAUUGGACUUAUCUAGAGGAGGUAAAAUUUUCAAAAUCAUCAGAUGACUUUUUUACAAACGUUUUGAAAUCAAAUUAAACGAAAAUCGCAAAAAAUAUUACGGCACUUCAAAUUAUACAUUACCGAACUGCGCUCGGAAUCGACUUUUGUGAAGCAAAGGUUUAUUGUUGAUAAAGAUAUAAAGACAUAUAUAAAUGAAAUAACCUUAUGUAUUCUACCUUCUCAACUUCUCACCUACAACAGUGGCUGCUCCUAUCCCCAGUAUUAGUUUUUUUUUUUUUAACAUUGAUAUUGAUAAUUUUUAUUGUAAAUUAAGAAUAGUUGUAGAAUAUCUAAAUAAAAGUCUGCAGUAUUAAGUUAUCUUUUAUUACUAUGUAUGUACAUUAUUAUACUGUACAUGACAUAUAUCUUAUAUUAUGUGUCCAUUUUCUGAGAUAUUAUCACAUCAAUGAAAUGUUGUAACUUUGAGAUGUAUUUAAUUAAUACAUUUAAUAAAAAUACAAUUUCUCCUUCUGAUAACAGACAUCCCUGAAUAGCAGACCAAAUUUCAACGUCAAGAGUGUCUGGUAUUUAGAGGUUUCAUUGUAUAUAUAAUAAAAAUAUUUUAAAACCUUAAAACAACCUCAAUACAAAAAAUAAAUAAUCUAUUCCCAUUAUUAAGUUAUUUUAAAUUAGGUUAAGUUAGUAAAUUUUCAUAUUUUUCAGAACCGAUCAGCAGCAAUCUUAUGUAUGGCCGACGAUGUUGCCACAUCUUCUGUAUUGGAUUUUUCUCUUGGGUUCCUCACGCACAAGACCCAUAUCAAGCAAAUACCACCAUUAACCAGUAAAGAAUUAGAGAUUUUGAGUACACAGAAACUUAUGUACACUAAUGCCCUUUCCGCAAGUUCAAAAUUUAAAUUUAAAAAAUGUAAUCGAUAUCCUAAUGAUUGUGGUACUGGAGCAAAGGUUGUGGCCAAGUCCCGAAUACACCGUGAUGAAAUCCUCCGUGAUCUUCGUGGCAGACUCUGUACAGUUAAUGAAUCAUUUAUCAAAUCAUCAGGAAUUGAUUCUUUCCUUGUGCAAAGUACUCGUGCAAAGAACAACAAAUCAGAACAGCUUUGGUUAGGUCCUGCUACGUAUAUUAAUCAUGACUGUAAUAGCAACUCAAAAAUAUAUUCUAUAAAUAAUGACUUUGCUUGUGUGAAAGCAACCAGAGUAAUAGAACCAAAAGAAGAAAUAACAAUUAAUUAUGGCGACAAUUUUUUCUCGAGUGACGAAUGUUACUGUGCCACGUGUGAGAAGAACUGUAGAGGCGCGUUUUCUAUACACCAACAGUCAUCUGUAAUAAUUUAUAUUCUUAAAUGCAAAUAAAUGUAUUGGUCAUCAGAUAAUUAACAUAGUUAUUUUUUUUUCAGACUGAAUUAUCAUGCCACACAUAAUUCUAAUUGCUACGUUUUGGUGAUCAUAGGUAUGAUAUUUGUUUGUGCUUUGUGCAACAAAACUUUCAAACAAAUGAACACAAUGAGACGCCACUAGAGGGACCAUUUUUGUGGUGUCAUCUUUAAUACAUAAAUAUUAUGUCUUAUUAAUGCAGUAUAAUUUUUUUUUCAUUUAUAAAUGUGUACAAAUAGAAAAAAAAUUGCAUUAAAAUAACCUAAUUAAUUCCAAAUUGACGUACCUAUUUAGUAAUAGAUUAAAAAAGAAUUAUUAAAUAAGCUAUUAUUAAUUUAUGUUAUACUCUAUAAAAGUAAAACCAAAAACAAAAACAAGAUGUGCAAAUAAUAUAAUAAUAAUUGUUUAACGGUUUUGAGACUGAGAACUAAGACUAUGUUUAUUAUAAUAUUGUUAAAUUACUUUUUCUGUGUUUUAAUUGUCUACACUUUUUAUUAAUCAAAACUAAUAUAAUUGCUUAUUUUCUUCCCAUAUUGUAUUUAUAGUUUAAAUAUGUAAUUGGACGACACAAUUUUUUAAAAUCUAUAAAUAUAACACUUAAAGGAAUUUAAAAUUAUCUUAAUUAACAGAAAACAAUACUAAGAUUUAAUUAUAUUGCAGGAUUUGGAAGUUUUAUAAUAUAUAAGGUGGCAAUGGC